AGGGCCGAUACCUUGGUACUUGCAGCUUUAGGGCAGCACGGGACCAACUGCAUUUUGAGCUGAAGACUCGGCCAUCGGCUCCUUUCGACUUUUUGGGUUUGUGCAUUGAACACGGUGAACAGCUUACGUUAUGUAAGCCCACAAUUUUCUGUGUCGAGCUGUUGGGACCUGGUCCCUGCUAGAUGAUACCCCACCUUAAGAAUAUUACAUAAUCAAUGACAUGACUAGUUUUUAUCACGUGACUACGCAUCCACCCCGGGCCGUGAAAGAUUCCGAUAAAAAUUAUAGCACGGCAUCACCUAAUCCGAGUUCGACCCGAGAAAAUAAUUUGACGGCACAUCGAGCUCCCAGGUCGGAAUCGGAGGCAAGAGGAAGACAGCCAUUCAAUACGACCCUCAAUUAGGUCAACCUCUCUCCGAACCAACAUUGAUCACUUUCCAUACUUCGUCCAACAUCUAAACAUCCAAAUCUUCACAACCGCCACCAUCAAACCAACCGCCAAAAUGGAACCGCGAUCCCUCCACCCACUCCUCCGCACCAUCGCCAAACCCCGCGCCUCGCCAACCCUCACGACCCUCUCAAGAUCCUCAAUCCAGCGGCAGCAACGCCACCAAUCCACCACAGCACGCACAAAGCGCGCCCUAAAAAUCGCCCCUCACCCCUCCUUCCUGAACACCCCGCAAACCGGCUCGCACGUAAUCUUCAACCCGCCCUCGUCGAAGCCCUCCGUCUACCACACGCCCUUCAAGUUCCUCCCGCGCAGCGACCCGCGGCGUCGCGCGAACCUAACCCAGCUCUUCCGCUCCUCCGCCGACGUGCCCAAUGCCUCGCCCACAACCGCUUCUGGCACCAACACCGCGGACCUCCCCCCGCAGCUGCCCGAGCCGGAACGCAAGUACAACGUCACCAAGGAGCAAGUCGCCGAGAUGCGCGCCUUACGCUCGCGAGACCCCGAGCGCUGGAGCGUGCUGAAGCUUGCGGAGAGGUAUGAUUGCCGGCCGCUCUUCGUCAUGAUGUGCUGUCGUGCGAGCGCGGAACAUAAGGAUAGGGAACGCGAGAGGCUGGAGGCUGUGAAGGCUAGGUGGGGACCGAUGAAGACUCUUGCGCGCGAGGAUCGGAAGAAGAGGAAGGUGCUUUUGCUUAAGGAUGCUUUAUGAGGUGGUUGAGAUGGGUUGGUUGGGGGCUGGGUGCGUCUACGACUAGGCCUGUGGGUAUGAUCAUGGUCACGGUGAAGGUUAGGGGUGGUCUUGUCUGUCUGUCCGUCUACUCACUUAGGUUAUUGGGUACCUCAUCUAUCGAUUUAUGGUAUUCGGCCGGUAGAGUCUGGGAGGGAGGAAAUAUGGGACAUGGUACCUGGGACGAGGACCGAGAUUUAAGGAAUCGACAAUCUCCUCUAUGGUGUUAAGGGAGGGGAUACGGUUUAUAUCUAUGAAAAACAAGGGGCUUUUGACUUGAAGAUAGAAGGUUAGCCUAGGGGUCAAAUGAGACAAGAUGGAACGACUGCAACUCAUGGCCGUAAGAGAGAAUAUGUUGAUAUAUAUGUAUACAAGAACUAAAUAAACAAAACAUGAAGAUAUAAA